GUUGUGUCUCCCUGUUUCUUUCUUUCUCGUUUUUAUGGUGGAUUAUCUUGUCAGGCGACAAAGUCAAGGAAGAAGCAAGGGUUUAUCCAUGUCCCAACAAUGGAAAUAGUUCCUCACGCCCAUAGGAGCAUAAGCCAAACUUUCAACUUCCAGCCCGCCUCCUUGAUUCUUCUGUAAUUAAUUUUCUUUCGAGUUUUUUCUUGGUUUUUUUGUUUUAUUUUAAUUUACUUUCUAGGAGAAGUGGGAAACUCAGAGAGUUUCAGUUGCGGCAGUCAAGGAAGGAGAAGAAGGGUCAGAGAAACAUACAGGAGUUGAUGCAGAGAACAUGCUUGCAGAUCAGUCUUCUAAUUGAAGCCACGGCCAGGUUUUUGUAAGAGCGCCAUGGCUUAUGAGAAUUCGAGAUCUGUAAAAUUUCAAGAUGAUCUUGAACUAGCAAAAUUUCCAGCAACCAAUGGGGAUGGGAAGAUCAAGAUGAAGUACAAGAUCGAUGGAACACAAAUACAGGAGGCAAGUUACAAGAAGGCUGGGAAGGAGGUGUCUGGGAAGUCUGGAAGAUCAUUGAAAGCUAAAGUACUGUCCAGAGUUUUUUCUGAGGACUAUGAGAGGGUGAAGCAAAAAAUAUUGGAUCCUCGAGGAAAAUCCAUUCGCAGAUGGAACAAGAUUUUCUUAGUAGCAUGCUUGAUUUCCCUGUUUGUGGACCCUUUAUUCUUUUACUUGCCGGAUGUUCGGGAUAAAGUGUGCAUGGACAUUGAAAUACCCCUGGAAGUUGUGCUUACAAUUAUCAGAUCAAUAGCUGAUAUCUUUUACAUGAUUCAGAUUUUUGUUCGAUUUCGUACAGCUUAUGUUGCACCUUCCUCCCGAGUAUUUGGGCGAGGAGAGCUUGUUAUAGAUACUUCAAAGAUUGCAUUAAGGUACCUAGGCAAGGGCUUCUGGAUUGACCUCAUUGCUGCUCUGCCCCUUCCUCAGGUUCUAAUUUGGAUAAUCAUCCCCAAUUUAAGGGGCUCCACAAUGACAAACACAAAAAAUAUGCUACGAUUCAUCCUCAUCUGUCAGUACCUCCCCAGACUUUAUCUUAUAUUUCCACUCUCAUGUCAGAUAGUUAAGGCCACAGGAGUUGUGACAGAAACAGCUUGGGCUGGGGCUGCUUAUAACCUGAUCCUCUAUAUGUUGGCAAGCCAUGUUUUAGGAGCUUGCUGGUAUCUUCUCUCGAUUGAGCGACAAGAGGCCUGCUGGAGAACUGUCUGCAAUCUUGAGAAGUCAUCCUGUCAGGAUGGAUAUUUUGAUUGCCACAAGGUUAAGGACCCUGGUAGGGAGGCUUGGUUCAAGUCGAGCAAUGUCACAAAACUGUGUGAUCCAAAUAAUACCUUUUAUCAGUUCGGCAUAUAUGCUGAUUCUGUGAUAUCAGAGGUUACAUCCUCAGCAUUCUUCGAGAAAUACUUUUACUGCCUGUGGUGGGGCCUGAGGAACCUCAGUUCUUUGGGACAAAAUCUUUCCACAAGCACCUAUGUUGGAGAAAUUAUUUUUGCCAUCAUAAUUGCUACUCUUGGAUUGGUUCUCUUUGCGUUGCUCAUUGGUAAUAUGCAAACAUAUCUCCAGUCCACUACUGUUCGAUUAGAAGAAUGGAGGAUCAAGAGAACUGAUACAGAGCAAUGGAUGCACCACAGGCAGCUACCUGCGGAAUUGAAGCAGUCUGUUAGGAAAUAUGAUCAAUAUAAAUGGGUGGCCACUCGAGGAGUCGAUGAAGAAGCUCUUCUAAAAGGACUUCCUAUGGACCUCCGAAGAGACAUCAAGCGUCACUUGUGCUUUGAUCUAGUUCGACGAGUUCCUUUGUUCGAUCAAAUGGACGAACGAAUGCUAGAUGCGAUAUGCGAGAGGCUUAAACCCGCAUUGAGCACUGAAGGCACAUUUCUAGUGCGUGAAGGUGAUCCUGUGAAUGAGAUGCUCUUCGUAAUCCGAGGCAACCUUGAUUCUUACACUACCAAUGGUGGUCGAACCGGAUUCUUCAAUUCAUGCCGCAUAGGCCCAGGUGACUUCUGUGGUGAGGAGCUGCUUACAUGGGCCCUGGAACCUCGUCCAAGCAUCAUCCUCCCAUCAUCCACACGCACGGUGAAAUCCAUUUCUGAAGUAGAGGCCUUUGCUCUUAUAGCAGAAGACUUGAAGUUUGUAGCAUCGCAAUUUCGAAGACUUCAUAGCAAACAGCUCAGACACAAGUUCCGGUUCUACUCGCCCCAUUGGAGAACAUGGGCUGCAUGUUUCAUACAAGCAGCAUGGCGCCGGUUUAAGAGGCGGAAGGAAGCAGCUGAGCUCAAGGCUAGGGAGCACCCUGUGGCUGCUGAGCCCCAACCAUCAUUUGACCGCUUUGAUGUGGUCAUGCCUGCACCCGGUUCAGGCCUUGCUGUGUAUGCGGCAAGGCUAGCUGCAAGCGCUAGGAGGGGUCCCCUCAAGCAUUCUGGAUCGGAUUCCAGUGUUGUGAGCUCAUUGCAAAAGCCAGCUGAACCUGAUUUUUCUGUGGAUGAAGAAUGAAGGAAAGAAGACUUUCAAAUGGAGCAUGAAGUGUGUAUGUGUGAGUUCGGUGUAUGUAUAUUGUGUUAUUUGUCUUAUAGUGAGUUUGGCAAUAUUUAUAAUUGAAGUGCUUUUAAUGAAA